AACUGCUGAGACGAGGUUAGGAUUUAACCUUUAAAUUCUGGAGCCAUCGGAAACCGAGGGGAGGACGACGGGUGUCGGUGCUAAUGAGGCUGGGGGCGGGCGGUGGGCGGUGGGCCUCCGAGUCCGGGGCAGGUCUCGGGGGCUCCCCGGGAAAGGCCCUGCGAGCCCUUGGCCCUGGCGGCCUCCGCCAUCAGACUGGGAAUGUCUCUGAUUGGGUGGCCAGGAGGCGGUGGCCCUCCUCCCCGCCCACCUGAGGGGUGUCGUCUUCCGCGAAGUUAGGGUCUUACCUGGGAGGCAGGGAGGGAGGGGGCUGCCUGAGGCCCUGGGCCCCUCCGGGACCGGCGCACCCCGUCUCACCCACAUUCCUUCGCCUUUCCCCGCCCGGUGUGGAUUUCCAAAACCCAUCCCCGCUCCCCUCCCUCCUUCACCCCAAGUCACCCCUGUUCCCAGCUCUGUUUCUUGCCCCACCCAGGGACGGCUUUUCUGCACCUCAGGCUUGUCGUAGGGCCCCAAGAGAGACAAAAACUGUGACAGUUGAGGGGUGUUGUGCUCUCCCUAAGCCUCAAUUUCUUCAUCUGUUAAAGGGAAGUGAUGAAAAUUGGGUCCACCUGACUGCUGGUCAAAUGCCAGGGCUGCUGUGGGCCCAGCCUUAUGUUGGCCCUUUCACCUGAGCCAGGAGUCAGGAAAUCGGGGUUCUAGUCCAGUUGGGAAUUGUCCCAGUGUGAACUGGGAAUAAGAGUUCCUGCCCUCUGACCUCUCCAGGUGGCAGUGGGGACCACGUGAGAUGGUGUAUGUGGCCUUGAGCAAUAAACCACACCUGUCCGGGGAGGUGGGCGAGGACACCUGCAGCCCCUCGAACCCACCACUUUUCUCUUCCAGGCCCUUGCCCAGGCUGUGGCCUCUGCCUGGAACCCCUUUUCUUCCCACGCAAACCCUUCCCUUCAGUGCCUGUUUCUCUGGGAAGCCCUCUCUGUUGCCCAGCCCAUCCUCUUCUGCUCACUCUGGGUUUCGCACCCCAUGCUUAGGCCCUGAUUGCCUGCUUUGCACACAGGGCUGUGAGCUCCAUGAGGGCAGGAACCACAUGGCUGUUCACAGCUGUGUUGCCAGGGCCUGGCUUGGAGCCCCUCAUGAAGUGAGACAUCUGAAUCCUCUGCUCUGUGACCCUGGCAGCCAGGUAGAGCCACCUUGGCCAGGGCACCCAGGCUUGGAGCAAGCAGCAGCUUCAUGGGUGGGGAGCCACAUUUCCCCAGCACAUCGGCAGGCCCUAAGAGGGCAUUCGCUUGGUUCUGCCCUCAGAGCACUGAUGCCCAGGGGACACUGCCCUUUGUGUAUGCCACCUAAGAGAGGAUGCACCCGUAGAGGGGGCAGGGAUACGCAUGGUCCCAGGCCCUGUUGUCACCUCCUAAGAAAGUUCCCAGUUCUGUCUGUCCAGGCCUGGCCUUUGGCCUGUGCUGUCUGGGACAGUGGGUAGAGCUGCGGUGCGACCUAG